AUGACUGAGACUGGUAAUGUAAAGGGGAUAACUGAGACUGAUAAUGUAAAUGGGAUGACUGAGACUGGUAGUGUAAAGGGGAUGACUGAGACUGAUAAUGUAAAGAGGAUGACUGAGACUGAUAAUGUAAAUGGGAUGACUGAGACUGAUAAUGUAAAUGGGAUGACUGAGACUGGUAGUGUAAAGGGGAUAACUGAGACUGAUAAUGUAAAUGGGAUGACUGAGACUGAUAAUGUAAAUGGGAUGGCUGAGACUGAUAAUGUAAAGGGGAUGACUGAGACUGAUAAUGUAAAUGGGAUGACUGAGACUGAUAAUGUAAAUGGGAUGACUGAGACUGGUAGUGUAAAGGGUAUGACUGAGACUGAUAAUGUAAAUGGGAUGACUGAGACUGGUAAUGUAAAUGGGAUGACUGAGACUGGUAGUGUAAAGGGUAUGACUGAGACUGAUAAUGUAAAUGGGAUGACUGAGACUGGUAAUGUAAAGGGGAUAACUGAUAAUGUAAAUGGGAUGACUGAGACUGAUAAUGAAAAGGGGAUGACUGAGACUGGUAAUGUAAAGGGGAUAACUGAGACUGAUAAUGUAAAGGGGAUGACUGAGACUGAUAAUGUAAAUGGGAUGACUGAGACUGAUAAUGUAAAGGGGAUGACUGAGACUGAUAAUGUAAAUGGGAUGACUGAGACUGAUAAUGUAAAGGGGAUAACUGAGACUGGUCAUGUAAAUCGAUGA